UGGUUUGUUCACCUGCGAUCGGCUUAAGCGCGCUCAGUUUUAGUGCAGAAGCUCUGGUGACCGAACGCGUACAGGUCCCGGUCUGUGUUAGGGGGAACUGAAACUUGAAAGCUCCUGAGUGGCAUCACUGCCGUAUGUGGGAUUGUCGGAGUCGGAAUAGUGGAAGUUGGGAGCCAGAAAAAAAACAAGAAAUAGUGCCAAACAGCAGCAAGUGCGAACGCCAAGUGCCGGACUGUGCGUAUAAAAGUUUGUGUAUUUGUAUGUGCAUGUAAUUGUUUGCAGUUCAGUAUAGUGUGUUUUGUUUUGCCAGUGUACCGUUGUUUAUGCCACGUUCUUUCGAGGAAUUCAAUACGCAUUCUAGCGGGUGUACGGCUGGAAAAGGUGUACAGUAAGAAAUCGUUCAAACAGUUUUGAAAGAUAAACUCCUAAAAGGUAAUUAACAACUUCCAUUGGCACCAAUACGUAAAAAAACAUGACGAAUAGAUUUCCGUUCGCCAUGUUACCUUUACUUUGCUUGGCCCUGGUGCUGAGCACGCUGGUACCCUCGCAUGGGCUACCCGGCGGUGCGCCAACAUCGGUUUGCGACAGUAUGCAACCGUUACAUCAAGCAUAUUUACCACUGAAGACCAAGACACCGUUUCUGAUCACCCCUCAAUCGUCCGUGAUCGGUAGCGGUCAGACGCUCAAGAUCGAUAUCGAAUCAUUCCCGGCCAAUAUAAUGUUCAAGGGCUACAUGAUCCAGGGACGUGCUGCUGAUCCACCGAACAACAUAGUCGGCCACUUCGUAAACACGGAUCCUACCGCGAUCAAGCUGAUCGACUGUCAGGCUGAAGGAGAUACGGCAACACAUACCUCUACCGCUCAGAAACAGGAGCUGACGCUCGAAUGGAUCGCACCGGACAACUUUGUCGGCGAUGUGGUUUUUAACGCAACGAUCGCACCGGAUUUCGAUAAGUUCUGGGUGGGUAUUCCCUCGGAGCGGGUACGUGUGGUGGCUAGCUCCACAACGAUAGCACCUGGAACGGCAUCAACCAAGCGUACGACGACCACUACUACCGUUCCACCUUAUCGGCCACCACAAACCGCAGCACCAGUUAAAGCGGACCCAAUCUACGAUGCGUGUGGACAGAGCAAGGGUUGCUUCGGUUUUCCCGAGGGAUGUGUAGACAGCAAGAACUGCCGGGCUGUGGUUACGAUCGCGGUGCUGGGUGCACGCUACGUAUUCGAAAUGAAAGCAGGAUACAAUAGCCCGGCCUACGUUGCUCUCGGACUGUCCGAUGACGCCAAGAUGGGUGAUGAUUCCGUGAUCGAGUGCGUACCUGAACAGGGUACGGUUAAUACGUACGCCUCGUGGACCACUGUCGGACCAUACGGAUCAACGCGUUUGGGUGUUCCUCAAAACAUCUUCCAAGUGAUGGAAAAGUCGUACAAUGAUGGUGUGAUUUACUGCAAACUGGAACGCGAUGCCGUCAGCAUGGUUAAGGGCAAGAAGUUUGAUCUUGUAAAUGAUAAAUUCCAUCUGUUGAUAGCCGCUGGAUCAUCCGUGGAAUCAACGAAUGUUAACUAUCACGAUAUCGGUCGCCACGUGUCGGGCAGCCCUCAAUCUUUGGCUGAAGUUGGUCCGGUUCAGGGAUCGUCCAAGCUGCUGUUGCGUCUACACGGUGCAUUCAUGAUCACGGCGUGGAUCGGUACGGCUUCGCUUGGUAUUCUGAUCGCUCGCUACUUCCGCCAGACGUGGGUCGGAAGUCAGAUGUGUGGCAAAGAUCAGUGGUUUGCGUGGCAUCGAUUCCUGAUGGUGGUUACGUGGGCACUCACGGUCGCUGGUAUUGUGGUGAUCUUUGUUGAGAUCGGUGGCUGGUCGCAGGUGCGUAACCCACACGCUAUUCUGGGUAUUGUGACGACCGUACUGUGUUUCCUGCAACCGAUCGGUGCAUUCUUCCGGCCUCAUCCUGGCUCGAGCAAGCGGCCCAUCUUUAACUGGCUCCACUGGCUUGGUGGUAAUUUGGCGCAUGUGAUCGCGAUCGUUGCCAUCUUCUUCGCUGUCCAGCUGCAGAAGGCCGAACUGCCCGAAUGGAUGGACUUUAUGCUUGUCGCUUUCGUCGGAUUCCAUGUGUUCAUGCAUCUGAUCUUCUCCAUCUUCUCCUGGAUACAGAUCGGUGGCUGCGUAAGCGAGCGAAGAAGUGGCCAGCGUGUGACGUCCUUCCCAAUGGCCGAUAUGACGCCGUCGCGAAAUUCCAUGAGCUCCAGCGAACGGAAACAGGAUGCUGCUUUCUCGGGCUUCCGCAAGUCGAUGCUGUUCCUGUACAUUCUGAUCGUGUUCGGUCUGGUCAUUGCGAUGGUAGUGAUUAUCGUCUUAGCACCAAUCGAAGCCGCUUACAAUAGUAUCAAGGAGCAGAUCAUGAACUAAAAGCAUUAGCCAUCAAAAAGGAUAAACUAACGCGAUUAGCUGUACGGGUGCAGGCAGCCACGAGAACAAACGCGUCAUCUGCUAACCAACGAGAAGGUUCAAAAUGUAGGCGGGUUGUGUACUAUUACUAUUCUAGAGAGGCAACUCUAGCGGGCGAUAGUAGAAGAACACAAUGAAUUUUAUACGCUCGUUUCGUAAAUAACGUGACAUAUUUAAAGCAGCAACAGCAGUAUAACAUGAAACCAACAACGAAUAGGUUACAACGGAAAGAUCUGCUAAGCGAUAUUGUAGAUAACAGGUUUUUUUUUUCUUCUUCAAAUCCUUCCCCCCGUUAGUCAGUAUAUUUCCCUUUAUCCUUUCCAACCUGUAUUGGUUCGUCUCUUUAUGUAAACGUAAGCGAUCGUUAUAUUGAUCGGUUUUUUGAAUGUGUAUUAUUUGUCGAAAAGAAGAGGAACGAAAAACAGUGUCCAAUCGAUCCCACUCUAGUAUCCCUCCACAGAAAAAAAACAAACAAAAAAGCAGGUGUCGGGUGCGGGAAGCUAUGCGUAUCGAAAUUGCAACCAUUUUGUUCCCGUAUCCCGAGAUGUACAGAGCUAAGAUGUGAAAUAUUUAUAAACGAAAGCAUAGCUGGCCGCAUUAGACAGAAUGUGUGUGUACUUACGUCCAUAGGUAAAGCGGAUGUGCCUUAAGGGUAUCAACAGUAGUAACUGUGUGCAUUUUGUAAAAGUUUGUUUCGUGUAAGAUUACUUCCGUCCUCCGGCGUCUUCCGGUGUAGCGAAACCCGCAGCCAGAUACGCUGGUGUUUGUGUUCGUCUCCCUUAGGCUGUUCAAUAAUAGCUAUCCAGUCCUGUAGACGUUUGCUGGUGAUUACAAACACACAGCAAAGCACAAUCACAAGUUUCAGAAUAAACCCGAAAACAACAACCAGUACUGUAUUAUGCAAGACGAAACGCAACGCUCAUUUGUGUAGGCCGGCUAGCUUUAGGAGCGUAUUUAAGUUGAAACAUAAUAAAUGUUGCCAUUGCUAAAACGUUAACAGAAAA